AUGCAAAAAAAUUAUUUACCUGAAAUUCAAUAAUCACAAUCAAUCCAUCAUUUGGAUACCAAAGUGAAAUCUAAAAUGCACUCUCCAAGUUCUUCAAUCGAAUGGGAUCAAUUAAUCAACACUUCUAUACCAAAUUCAGUCAAACAAUAGUUAAAUCCUAAAGGUUAAACAGUUAUCAAUUUAUCAAAAUUGGGACCUUGCUCUGAUAUUUCAUAUCUUAGAUCCACAAAAAGAAACUUUGCUAAACUUGGAACUAGCAUAUACAAAGAGCCUGAACUUUAAUAAACUAAAUACGACAAGAAUUUGUAAUCAUUUUAUGGCACUCUCUAUCGUAAAACUAAUACUCGCAUACCUUUUAAUACCAAUUUGGAAAAGGAAAGGUUUCAAGGUCAUUUAUUAGAUUUUACUGAGUUGUUUCAAGAUAAUCAAAGAUCAACAAACUUGUAAAAGUACUUUGGGGAAAUUUUAAAAUUAGAGAUGUAAUAAUCCAUUCAAGAAAAAGAAAUGAUUCCACCAAAUAGACAACAAGCCAUUGAUUUGAGAGAUUGGUUAUUCAUGAUGAUUGCUUACACUAAAUAAGAGAGUUCAAAUAUGAGCACUAGAGAAUUGGCUGAAAGAAUAUAACUUAUCUAUGCUUCAUGUCUUAGAGAACUAAUCAAAUAAGUGAGUAUUGAGUGCACAGAAAGAGGAGAUCUACUUUAAACUGUUUGGGAUUUUUAUGUGGAAUUGAUUGGCCAAAUUAUUAAAUGUUACUCAGAACAACAAAGAGAAUCAGAAAAAUCUUAUCUUGAAUAAAUGUAAAGAAUUUAAAGUUUUCAUGAUUCCCAAAUGGAAAUUGCUAAAGUCAGAUACCAAGAAUACUAAAAUCAAAUUCUAACAAUCAAAAACGAAACUUCUGAUUCCAUCGAUGAACUAAAUAUGACCAAAGCCAAAAUGUUAUUAUUAACCUCAGAAAUGAGAUUAUUGAUAGAAACCAACGAAACACAAAAAAAUGAGAUUGACUCUUUACUGCUAUAACUCAUGCUACUUAAAACAUAAGAUAACAAUGAAAAUAAGAAAUUUGAAGAUUAGUAAAUAGAUGUUCAGUUAGCUAAAGGUAAGAGUAUUGUAUCUCAUUUAUUAAAUUAUAAGACUAUUGCAACUGAAUAUAAAUUUAAUAAGAAGAAGGUUAAGAAUACUAAUUUUGAAAAGUUUGAAUCACUUAGAGAAUAAGAAUAGCAACUAAAAUUUGAUUUGAUUCAACAACAAAUCUUAGAGCCUGAUAUUGAAUAUGUAGAUGAGGAAGUAUAAGUUUAAUAGGAUUUGGAUUAAAAAGAAACAUAAACAGAUUUAAACUCAUAAGAAUUAAAUUAAUAAAUCUUAUAAUUAGAAAAAUUAUAAUCUUAAAUUCUACAAAUGGAAGAAUAAUAAUAAAAUAAAGAUUAAUUAAUUGUACACCAGUAAUAUGAGAUAGAUUAAUAGAAUUAUAAAUCCGUGUAAGAACAAUUAAUAUUAGAAUAAAGAUUGAAAGAGGCAAUAUCUCUCAUUUAGGAAUCAGAAUUAGAUUGUAAGGAAUCUAUCUGCGAGACUAUUAAUUUAUCGAUUAAAAAAUCAUAACAUCUUUCAUCAAGAUUGAUUCUAUUAGAAAAAGAAGAGACCCAAAAGAAAAUAGAUUUAAUGGAAAAAGAAGAUGAAAAUUAAGAAUUAGAAUCUAAGCUCACUUAAGCAGUCUAGGAUUUUAUUCAAAUAAUAAAAUAGAAAAAAAAUUAGAUUAAGAGAUUAAUGAAACAAAAAAGUAGUUUAUAAGGUACAUUAAAAUAGAUAACUACAACUUACAAUAUUGAAAUCAAUUAACUAGAUACUUUGGAAGAGGAAAAGGAUUCAUCUUAAUUUAAGAGUUAUGAUUAAUCAUCAGAUAUUUAUCAUGAAUCUAAAAAUGUUUAAUAAGAUGAUAAAUACAUAGAUGAAUAAGAUGAAUUAGAUUAUCAACUAACAGAUAGAAGUAGAAUCAAAGAUUAAGAUGAGGGAUCAAAAGCUAAGAAAUAACUUAAAAGAAUCAUAAAAGGAAAUGACAAAAAUGAUUCAUUAUAUAUUGCCUCAGAAGAUGAAAAAAAAUUGAAUGAUGAAGAUCUUGAAAGAUACUCAUCAGACCAUGUAAUAAAUUAGGAGUAAACUAAGAAUUCAACAAGUUUCAAUCAAUUUGCUGAAAAUCAAACACCAAUUAUUAAAGCAAACAAUAAUGAUUUAAGUAUCUCAUUACAUAAAGCAAGAUAACCUAGUUUACAAAAUAUAUAAAAACAAAAAAAGUAACCAAAUACUCCUAGAUAAACUAAAUUUUCACUGCAAAAUGAACAGUUCAAAGAAGAAAAUAAUAAUUAAAUUCCAAGUGAAUAGUAAUUUGCCUCAAGAAAUUCACAAUAAUUAACUAUAAAGAAAAUUGAUAAAAUACCUAAAUAACCCUCUUCAUCAUAAUUAAUAGAUGGAUCCUAAUAGUAGAACCAAUAAUCACCUUAAUAAAGAAAAUAACAACUUGUCAUAGAUAAUGAACUAUUUUUAAAUGUAAAAAAUUAAAAGUCAAGUAAAACCCAAAAGCAUUCCAUUUUAGAACAAAAGUAUCUUUCAUAGAUUAAAUCUUCUUAAGAAUUUGAUGAAAUUAAUAAUUCAAACAAUCAAUUCUCGAAUUCAAGAGCCUCCUAUUAAUUUGAAAUAAAAUCAAAAGGAUAAAGGCAAAAUUAGUUUGACAAAAAUAUCAAUUUAUCUUAAAAUGAUGAGUCUUAAUCUGAUGAGUUUGAGUUUGAAUCUUCUCCUGGCAUCAUUAAUAAUAUUUAGGGUGAAAGAGUGAAAUCUGUAAUUAUGUAGUAUAAGGAUCAGAAAAACAAAAUAAGGAGUCGGUAUAAUCCUAUCUAAUUAGAAUAGAAAAAUGCCAAGAGAUUCAGGAGAGUUUAUAGCUAGAAUACAGACAUAGCUAAUGGAUUAUUGACAGAUGUAAAAAUGAAAAAGAAACCAAAUAAGAAAAUACAAUUUUCAAUAUUAUAAUUACAAAAAUUAGUUACUUAGAUACUUAAUGAUAUUUGUAAAUAAGCUGAAGGGUAUAAAAUACCAUUUCAUGUCUGUAUCUAUGAUUAUUAUAAAAAUAAAUAUGGAUUUAAAUAAGUUGCUGAAAAAAAGAUUCGAUAGGUUUAUUAAUUUAUUUUAUAUGAAAAAGGAAAUCAUAUCAAAGCUUAAUUACUGGCAUAAUUUUGUUAUAUGUUAGGAGAAAUGGAUGAAAUAGGACAAAAACUAUUGACAGAAAGUUAUUAAUAUUUUUCAUCAAAAAAUGAUCUCAAUUAUGGUAAAGUAGAUUUAUUGUUAACUUAUGAACAAGCCAGCGAAUUUCUAACAGAAAAAUCAUCUAGAUGGUUAUAUUAACAAUAGAUAUAAUCUUUAUUAUAGUUAUAUAGAAAUUAACAAUAAAACAAUUAAAGAUAUUUUAUUAAUCAUGAUAGUUUGCUUAUUAAAAUAUUAGAAUUAUACUCCAACAAUAAAAAAGAUUAAUAGAGUAUUUUGGAAUCCUUGUUUAAAGCAGCUGAUUUAGAUGGAAAUAAAUUAAUUGAAUUUUCUGAGUUUAAAACCUUAUAUAGAGCAAUUCAUUAAGAGAAAUUAUCCAAAUCUUAACUCCUUUCAAUAUUUACUAACAAUGCUGAUUUUCAAGAUGAAAAUGGAGAUAAAAUGCUAACUCUUCCUAGGUUUACUGAAAUGUCAAUAGAAUUAGGCAUAUUUUAAAAGGAGAUUGUGUUAAAGUAUGGUGAAGGUAGUGAGUCAUUGAUGAAUUAUUGGGAAAGGGAUAAAACUGGCAUUAAAUAUAGAUUUUUGAGAGCCAAAAAAUUCUAAAAAGUCAGACACACGUUUUUAGAACUUGAAAAUUAAAUUAAGUUUUAAGAAAAAGAUAAGCAACUCAUUUUAUGGGUAAGCUACAAACUAUUGAAUGAAGAAUCAUAAAGGGUUUUAUUAAAUUAUGAAACUAGAUAAUGUAUGUUUUAAUUGUUGCCAGAACUUUAUAUAAUUGAACAACUAAAUAAAGAUAUUGAAUAAUUAGAGUGA